CCACCCUGUGGAGCCAGGGAGAGGCCCUUGCUGCCCUUCUAGACAAAAAAGGGCAGUAAGAACUCUGUAAUCCCACAGAGAAGAACUCAGGGCUCACCUGUAGCUCCCAGGGUCCCACGGGGAUAGAAGGUCAAUUUUUCUCCCUUCUGGAAGAUGCCCUGGAAGGCCCUGAUGCUGCUGUUGCUGUUCUCUAGCACCGAGGCUACUGAGUCCCGCAGGUGGAACAGGGCUGCACUGUUCCCUGCUGCCCACCGGCCAAAGAGGUCCUUGUCAUUGCCAUUGAAUCCAAUCCUGCAGACCUCCCUGGAGGAUGUGGAACUCCUCUAUGAGCUCUUGCUGGCUGAAAUCGACAUCAGCCCAGACCUGAAGAUCUCCAUCAAGGAUGAGGAGCUAGCUUCACUGAGGAAGGCUUUGAACUUCCACUCUAUCUGCAAUAAUAUAAUCCCCAAGAACAUCCCAGAUAUCCGCAGGCUGAGCACCAGCCUGGCCAACUACCCUGGAAUCCUCAAGAAAGAAGACUUUGAAAGGACAGCACUGACUCUGGCUUAUGCGGCCUACAGAACAGCCCUGUCUGAAGGGCAUCAGAAGGACAUCUGGGCCCAGUCCCUCAUUAGCCUUUUCCAGGCCCUGAGGCAUGACUUAAUGCGGUCCUCAGGCCCUGGAAUGUCUUCCUGAGAGACUGGCCUAUGCCAGGACCAUGAAGCAGGGACAAGCACACAUAGUCUUCCAGAACAUUCAUCCUCUAUGUACAGAGACCAUGAAGAAAAUAUGUACUGCCCACACAGAAUAGCAAAGAUAAAUGAGUCAUCCCAAUACUCUUUCAUUUCUUGUUGUUUUCUGACAGACAUCUCUGAACUACGAUAUAAUGUUAUCUAAGCUAAAAGAAAGGACUAGAUUGGUCUUUCAAGAUACAUCCA